CUGAGUCUACCGAUAGUUGUGGUAUUGCAUAUUUAAUACUAAUUUUCCUACACUGUAAUUGUACAAUAUAUUCGUUGUUGUUUGUUUCAAUGUUAUCAAUUGGAAAGGAAUGUUAGAGAAAACUGACCUAAUAAUAGAAAAGGAUGAGCAAAUUAAAGGUUUGACCGAAAGACUCCAACAAAUGACAAAUAAACUUUAUGAAUCGAAAAACGCUUACGUUACUUUAAAACAAGAUUUCAAUAAAGCUCAAAAGUUGUUAUGCAGCGAAGUCGGGGAAAACGUAUCUGUAACGACAUUGUCAAGUCAAUACGGAGGAUGGCGUGGCAGAGCCGAACAAAUUCAUCAAUUGCAGCAGAAAAUUUCUGAAUUACAAUUGAAAAUUUCAAGUUCCGAUGCAUCGAGACGAAAAUCUUUAGAGGGCAGAAGUUCGUCGAGUAUUCGAAACACUGACAGAGACAGAAAACAACAAAUUGAAAAUUUAUCAAAAGAAUUGAAAGACGCGGAAAGUACAUUGGAGAGCACGAAAAAGAAAUUCGAGGCCGCUAAAGCUAGAAUAGCCGUUUUAGAAAAUGAUUUUAAUAUGUCGAAAAAAACCAUAGCACUUUUGAAUGAAAAAACAACUCACGAUAAUCAGUUGAUUAAAGCCUUACACGAUCAAUUGAAAAUAAUUGAGAGAAAAUUUGAAGAUCGAGAGUUUGAUAUUAAAAAGCAGAAUCAGAAACUGCAAAGAGAAAUUGUCCUUUUGAAGAGCGAGUUAGAAGCUUCGCAAAUUCAUCUAAAAAAUUUUAAACGCCAACUGGACGACAAAGAGAAGGAAAUUGAAAUCGUGAAAAAGGAAUCGAAUUUAGAUCGAAAAGCCGUCGUCGAGUCUCAACAAACUAAUGACUUGCGAGAAACGUCAAUGCAGAGCCCGAGGAAUUGCGCCAGAGAUGCAAAUGAAUACAUUGCUAUUGGGAUAGCCGCCGAAGCUGAAAGAGAGAGAUUGUUAGAAUUAGUGACGGUCCUGAAUCGACGACUAGAUAAAGAAAGAAAUGACUUCGAACAAUUAUCUGAAUCUUUUAGGAAAGAACGAAAUCGAGGUGUAAAGCUUGAAACGAAGCUACGAAAAAUGGAAUUGGAACGCGUUGUUCUCUCAAAAGUAAAUACCGGGUCUUACCGAUUGAAAGCUCCUAAGCUUAAUGGCGUACCGAAUAAUAUUUCCGACGAUUCAGAAGAAUUUCGAUUAAAAUUUGAAUUACUUCAGGAAGAGUGUUUGACUUUAAAGACACGCUUAACAACAAUUAAAAAAGACAAGUGUGCAGAUCUGGUUAUGUUUAAAAAAAUGUUGGAUCAGACAAGAAAAAUAUUUAAAGAUGCACACAGGUAA